AUGUUUGGGUUUUACCGAGUUUUUCGAAAGAGAAAGAAGAAAGUCAAGAGCCAGCUGCUCCCUGGGAACAACUUCACCAACGAGUGCAACAUUCCGGGCAACUUCAUGUGUGGCAAUGGGCGGUGCAUCCCCGGCGCCUGGCAGUGUGACGGGCUGCCCGACUGCUUCGACAAGAGUGAUGAGAAGGAGUGCCCCAAGGCUAAGUCCAAAUGCGGCCCGACGUUCUUCCCUUGCGCCAGUGGCAUCCACUGCAUCAUCGGCCGCUUCCAGUGCAAUGGGUUUGAGGACUGUCCCGACGGCAGCGACGAAGAGAACUGCACGGCAAACCCUCUGCUUUGUUCCACCGCCCGCUACCACUGUAAGAAUGGCCUCUGCAUUGACAAGAGCUUCAUUUGCGAUGGGCAAAAUAACUGUCAAGACAACAGCGACGAGGAGAGCUGUGAAAGCUCUCAAGAGCCAGGCAGCGGGCAGGUGUUCGUGACGUCGGAGAACCAGCUCGUGUACUACCCCAGCAUCACCUACGCCAUCAUCGGCAGCUCGGUCAUCUUCGUGCUGGUGGUAGCGCUGCUGGCGCUGGUCUUGCAUCACCAGCGCAAGAGGAACAACCUCAUGACGCUGCCCGUGCACCGGCUGCAGCACCCCGUGCUGCUGUCCCGCCUGGUGGUCCUGGACCACCCCCACCACUGCAGCGUCACCUACAACGUCAACAACGGCAUCCAGUACGUGGCCAGCCAGGCCGAGCAGAACGCCUCGGAAGUGGGCUCCCCGCCCUCCUACUCAGAGGCCCUCCUGGACCAGAGACCCGCGUGGUACGACCUUCCGCCGCCGCCCUACUCCUCGGACACCGAGUCUCUGAACGAAGCCGCCCUGCCCCCUUACCGCUCGCGCUCCGGGAGCACCGACAGCGCGGGCUCCCAGGCAGCCAGCAGCCUGCUGAGCGCUGAAGAUGGCGGCCGCAGCCCCGGGCAGGCCGGCCCUCCUCCCGAGAGCGCCGCGGGGCCCAGGGACUCUGUGCCAGGCCAGGGCGCUGCAGAAGUCUAAAUCGCCGCUUCCACGGUCCAUGUGGGUCCAUCUGCUCCGACUUGUUACCAUCCUAACAACUUUCGCUCGUGGGAAGCUCCUCAGGGUGCCUCAAGGAGGUGUCUCUCCGCUCCCCCUCCCACCCCCCCCAUCCCCGCCCCAGAUUUCAGGGAUGUCCUUUCGAGGGAGACCUGGCAUUUAGCUGGCCUCUCGGGUGACCUAUGUAUUGUGCAUCUUGUCUGGGAGGUCACUCGGCCUUCGGGGCCCAGGAUCAUGACCUCACUUGUCAUAUUGUUCUUCUGUGACUGGUGGCAUCUUGCUGAAUAGGCAGCCUCAGUGUGCAGGCAGCAGGGUAAGGCAGGGGUUGGGGAGUCCUCGAGAACGCAGUGCUUCCAUGCCAUGGUGGAUGUUUCAGAAGGGCAGGAGACCCUGGACCACAUUCUCCGUGGGCCGCUGCCUUGCAGCUCCAUGGGAGACGGGUUGGAUGACCCUCCCAGGAGGCCGGCAUGGAUGGCCACCCUCGAAGAAUCCGGGUGAACGUCAAACCCCGCCUUGCACGCUCGUGCAUGUUGUCCUCAGUUUGGCGGAGCGGUGGCCAGAGGAGACGUUGACCAAGAGUUAUGCCCUUUAGCCAUCAGCAGGGCCAUUUUGGUUCUCUGAACGACUCUGAAACUUGCCCGAGAAUCCUCGUUUUGAGGGUUUUCUCUGGCAGCAUCUGUCCUCAGCCUCAUCCCAGGAUAGGCAGGGAGCCCCUGCCAUACAUUUAUCUGAGUUCUCAGCUCCUAAAAUGCAGGCUAUCGAGAGCCUGGGCCUGCUUAGGUCCACAGUCCUUCCCUGGCUUCUGGAUUGUCACCCCUCCAGCUGUGACCUGCCGGGAGCCAAGGAAGGAGGACCCAACUUGAAUUGGCCAAAAAUCGGAUCUGGUCCUCUGUCCCUGGAAACCACUCCCAGCCUGUCUUGCCCAUUCAUGCAGCUUUCCACACUAGCUUCCCAGGUUACCUUAACCUCCAGAAGUCAUUGUACCUGUGCAUUUGGACUUGAGGACACGGUGGUUCCUGACACGCAUGAGAACCAUGUUCAGUACCUCCCACCAGAGCCCCUGGCUCCCUGUGCUGCACACACUUCCUGCCCAAGGCCCAGAAACCAGCACCCUGAUUCAGCAUUCAUGUUAGGGUUAGAGUCAGGCUCAGGCUUCUUCUGACCUGCCAUAGUUUCUCCUCUAAAAGACUUGGUCAGUAGAUAAUUUGGAGUCGAGAUUUGCCAUUCGGACUUUUUUUUUUAAUCUCUUAGAAAUGCAUUUGAAACAGU